GCACCCGCUGCCCCGCCGCGCGGCUCUGGCUGCGCCGCCCCGCCAUGGAGCAGGGGCCGGCGGGGGGGCCCGCCGCGGGCACCGGCACCGGCACCGGCAGCGGGGGUCUGCUCCUGCCGCUGAGCGAGAGCGAGCAGCAGCGCUACUCCGAGCUUUUCUCGCGGUGCUGCCCGCCCCCCGAGGCGGCCGCCGGGGGCAGCAGCGUGGGCGAGCUGUUCCGGGCCUCCCAGCUGCCCCCGGACACGCUGCACCAGAUUACAGAAGUUUGUGGAGCAAAGCGUGUGGGUUAUUUUGGUCCUGCUCAAUUUUACAUUGCUUUGAAGUUAAUUGCAGCAGCGCAGUCAGGGUUCCCAGUACGUAUUGAGAGCAUUAAGAAUGAAUUGCCUCUACCGCAGUUCAUGGCGCUGAAAAAUGACAAUGAAGCACGUUACGGGACUCCAGCAGAACUCCAUGGAGUAAAGUUUCAGGUUCCACAUGCAACUUUGGAAAAAAAUUCCUACAAAAGAACAGAUGAAGGGGACAAACAGGAACCCAAGUCUCCAUCGAUGUCUCCAAUCUGCUCACCUCCUGCUUCUCCAUCUACUUACCAGAGAAUACCCUUAAGUUAUGGAUAUGGUAAAUCAAGAAGUGGGCUGGAGCAGCAGCAUGGAGCUCCUUAUGAAGUCAGACACACUACUCACCAGCAAGAUGGACCAUCAUCAGGGAAUUAUGGAGCCAAACCUGCACUCGCCUGUUCAACUCCUAAUCGGUCUCUUGCAGCGGAGCGGGAGCAGCAGGACAGCAGCAGCCACUACUCAGAUGACCCUUGGAGGAUAACGGAGGAGCAGCGAGACUACUACAUCAACCAGUUCAGGUCCCUGCAGCCCGACCUGAACUCCUUUAUUUCAGGUUCUGUGGCAAAGAAUUUCUUCACAAAAUCAAAGCUGCCCAUCCCAGAGCUUUCUCACAUCUGGGAGCUGAGCGAUGUGGAUUGUGAUGGGGCGCUGACGCUCCCAGAGUUUUGUGCAGCUUUCCACCUUGUGGUUGCGAGGAAGAAUGGUUACCCGCUGCCGGAGACGCUGCCGGAGACGCUGCUGCCUGACUACCUUCAAGCAGCUUCUUUGAAGCCCAUGCGUGACUGCACACUAUUUGAUUCUUACUCUGAGUCAUUGCCAGGUGGUCAGCAGAGUCGGGACUUCAGUCGGACGGAGAAGGCAUCAGCUGAAGAGCUACCUGAUAAAUCUGUCCUGUUACAAGAUGCCAAGAAAGAUGACAAACAAGCUCUUAAAGUAAGCACUGCUCUCAAAACGAUACCAAAGGAAUUUCAGCACUUGACUGUGAAAACAGCUGCUCAGGAAUCUAAUGCACUUAAAGCCAGACCACGAUCCAGGUCUUAUUCUAGCACAUCAAUAGAAGAUGCCAUGAAAAAGGGAGAAGAGCCCCCAACUCCACCUCCAAGGCCACAGAAAUCACAUUCCAGAGCUUCCUCUUUGGAUUUGAACAAAAUAUUUCAGCAAAACACGCAAGCUGUGAGGUCUGGCUGGCUGCCCCCACCACCACCUGCACUGCCCCCUCGACCUUCUGUAUCUCAGCUAAGCAGUGGCACCGUACAGACAGAGCAACCAUCUGAGGUUGAAUUGCAUCCUCAGAUGAAUAGACCUCCAUCGCAGGCAGAAGAAAACAGUUCAGCAAAAAAGGAGGUUGUUCUCGCUCAGCCGCCCUCCAAACCUGCCCGCAGGAAGCUCCGGACAGAGGCGCAGGGGCUGGAGACCCCUGAGCUUUCUCCCACUAUAAAUGUGACUUCUUCCCUGCCAUCAGUCAAGCCUCACCUCCCAGUCCAAAAACAGUCUUCCAAGCAGAAAAGGGCUAUUCAGACCGCUAUACGAAAAAACAAAGAAGCCAAUGCUGUGCUUGCCAGGUUGAAUAGUGAGCUCCAGCAGCAGCUGAAGGAGGUCCACAAGGAACGAAUUGCCUUGGAAACGCAGCUGGAGCAGCUACGUCCCGUCACCGUCUUGUGACUUCCCGCACCGCCGUGCAGCGGCAGGAGCGGAGCGGGCGUCCCCGCAGCCUGGCAGGGAGAGGGGCGCAGCACGGCGCGGCUGAGCGGGGUUCCCGCCGAGGCGGUGGCGGUGGGGGGCACCGGCCCGUCGGGCCUCCCUUCGCCCCGCGGCGCGCGCUCGCCUUGGCAGGUGAAGAGACGGUACAGAAAACAGAUACCUGACUGCCGGAUAUGUCUGAGCCGGGGGAGGGGGGAUGCUUCGCCUUCUUUUCUCCCUCUUCCCAGCCUAAUGUGCAAAUGCGGUUUGUCACUGAAAUGAAUAACCUGAGAGUAUUUUAUUUAUGUAAAGAAUUCCUGAUUUGUACGCAUUCUGGCAGCACCUCCUGCCCCAAUCAUUAAGAGGUACAGCAUUCCUGUAUUCUUGCUUAAAUUUAAAGCUCAUCCUCCGAGAUGGACUUCUAGAUGUUACUGAUUCCUGUAGGAUUGUAUCAUGGCAGAGUACCUGUGGAUUUAGUGUGCUACAGGAAUAAAACCCAGUAGACAUACAGAGUCUUUAUCUGCAAUCAUGUUAGAUAAUUAUUUUCUUAGUACUGUUUAUUAUGCAAUCAUGGAUGUAUUUUAAUGUUAGAGAACUUGUAUUUUAUAAGUUCAAAUCAUAUGAGAGAACAGUAAAAAAUACUAAAAUGAAUUAUUUUGGAAGUUACAAAAAAAAUACCUGUUUUUUGAGCUGUAACAGUUUCCUAUCACCAGUGUUUGAUCACUUGCUUGCAACUGUCAGUGCCUCUGCAUAGUUUUAGCAUGUUUGAGAUCACUGGUUUAUAGCUUUUUUUUUUGUUGUUGUUUGCUUUUUUUAACCAACAGUGUAUUUCUAACAGGAGGUUAAAAAUGCAUACGGGGCAUUUUUAUAAAAGCUGUUCUAUGUACAUUUUUAUUAGUCUGCUUUGUUGUCUUAAUAGCUGCUGGUUUGUUUUAAGGAUGUGUACAAGAACUGUGUUUCCAAAAGAAGGAAGACAGUAAAAGUGCUAUAUAUGAGGUUAUAAAAUAGGUGAUGAAAAUAAUUGCCUUCUACAACAGGCUUUCAUUAAGGUUCCUUUGCACCUCACUGCUACUGAUUGGAUGAAGCUGCCGAUGCCCAUCUGUUUUCUAAAUGAAGAAGCAAAGAUUAAUUUUUAACCUGGGUCUGAGCCAACCAAUUCCCGUGGGGAUUUUUCCUGGGAUGCAGUGGUCGUUGACUUCAGUCUCAGUUCUCGCAGUGGAAGCUGGCUAACUAAGGUUGCUUUAUUUCUUUGGCCAGUACUCUUAGAUUGGGUGACUUCAGGCACAACCAUGUCAGCCUUGCUCCCUCCGUGGAUAUAAUGUGUGCUUCGCUACAAGGGAAAGUCACCUACCUGUUGUCCAUCUUAAACAUGACCCUGCACGUUUUUCAUAUCCUGUUGCUCACUAAUUUAAGCAUAUGCGUUUGCCUUGCAGGAACGGUGCAGCAGUUUUUUACCGUUGUUGGUGUGAUGCUUUCUCCCUGUUGCAGUAGGGUGGCCGUGGGGCCGAGAGGAAGGAGAGGCAGGUUUGAAGCAGCUUCAGGGUAUAUCACGAAAUGGCUGCGGUGCAGUGUUAGAGGACAUCAGAGCAGCCAAAAGUUUUGUUGCAAGAUAAGGCAGACAUCAACAGGAAUGGUUGAAGUGAUGAGGAAACGGCCUACUUUUGCUAAAAGGGAUAUGGAUGUGGGACAUAGAUCCAGAAUUCUGAAAGUGAAAAUAGGCAUUUGCAGAAUUGUUACUGAAAAUCUGGUUUUGUAACACAUUGGUUUUGAUUGAACUAAGCAUCACCGUGUCAAUAAGCAACAACCAUUCCACUGGAUUUGGGGCUUCUUUAGUGCGACUGUUGCAUAGCUGGGGUCAGAUGGUCAUUCCUGGUCAGUGACAAAAUAUGAGAACUGCAGUCUUUGCUGAGAAGCUGCAGAACAACUACUGCCCUCUUACUAGUAGUGGUACUGUUGAGAAGUUAUCAUCAUUUAUUUCCUAGGUUCAUAACAUUGACACAUUCCUGAGGUUGUAAUGUGGUUAAGCGCUCUUUGCUUUUUAGUUCUUACAUAUGGCAUGUUUGAUUUUUAUUUUGUGGGUGAUAUUUUAAGGAAAGCUUUUCAGUGAUUACAAAGAAGUAUGCACAUCGCAUUUUUCGGGCAGUGGAGGACUUUUUCAUGUUUGAUAGGAGCUUCCUCUAGAAUAAUCCCCCAUUUAUUUCACUUGGGUUAUUCAUGGAAUAGAUGCUGUUCAAAGGAAAGGUAUAAAAGUCUGCUUUAUAUGUCUUUUUCAAAUGUCUCCCUUCUAACAUACAGGGUUUCUUUUCAUUCACUGGAAAUUAGGAUGCUUGGUUAGCCAACAAUUAAAUAUUUACUCAGUUGUUACUCUAUGGCAGGAUUUAAUAAAUUAAAAAAGGAACCAUCCCUUCAUUUUUAGGGUUACAAUCAAAUGCCCCACUCAGCUUCAAGGUCAGGAGUGUUAGUUGAUUUGUAUUCUGUUUGGUGAAGUGUCAGCUGUGAUGAUGAUACGCUACUUCGCAUAGAGAGUAAAGUGAAAUAUUCAAGGAGGAAUGCUGGUGUGUUAUACGUACGAUGCGGAAAGUUACUCUUCUGUAUGUCUCAGUGCUUAAGCAUUCACGACAGCCCACACAAAAUGAAAAAGUGUGUCUGGUUUUGGGAGGUGGUUAGCAUUUUGGGAGGGAAAGAAGGCAUCAUGAAGCUAUAGACAGUAUUUCUGGCCGUUGUUCCAUGUAGCCAUGAUUAUGGCUACUAUUAACUGACCCUGGCUAGUCAAAAUUCACAUCUAAAUCUAGUAUCACAGACUUCCUCAAAAAAGACUUUUAAUUUGGAAAAAUGUGUGUACAGCAAAAUCAUCAUUUGUUGCAGUAACCUUACUUUCUGAAGCUUUGGAUGGGAGAUGCUCCUAGACCCAAGACAAACCAUCUAGUCAGAAAGGGAGACCUCACACAACGUUUGUUCAGUGUUCAGGGCACUUUCUUGAGCUACAGGAGGGCGAUCAACUUUAAGCAUGUGGUGUGCAUGACCCAGAACAGCAACUGGGAUCUGCCUGUCCCAGCUGACAGCCUGACCAAGGAGCUACAACAGUUUCCCACGCGUGAGGUCUCACUCUCCUCAGUUCAUGGUUUCUGUAGGUCCUUACACCGAGCAGGGCAUGCCAGCAAAGGAGUAUAGAUGGGAACAGGAGCUGGAGCAUGGCUUCUUUGCAUCUGAGAGGAUGCGCUGACCGUGAGCCUGGUGCCCCUUUCUAAGUCCAAUUUCCCACAGCUAUUCUGGUUUGAACAAUUAACUAUUUUUGUCUGCAGGACAAGACUAGGCAGAGCAGGUAAGGAUCUUCCUCUGUGUGUGUAAGUGUGCACUCACAUGUAUUCUGAUCAUGCAUUUCUGUAUGUAUCUGUUAAUUUAUAUCACCUGAUACCUUUCUAGCAAAUACUCAUUUCAAUACAUGGUAAUUCAGUGGUGAAAAAAGUGCCCAGCUAAGUGUAGUGACUGGUUGCCUUUGUAGAUGAAGCCAUUUUUUUUUUGAGCCUGUAAAUGUGAAUAAUGACCUGGUAAUUAAGCAAGGCAAACAGGUUCUGUUUCAGAGGCAUUCCUUUAAACAAACUGUCUGUGAACAAACAUUAAUCCUUAACGAUCAAUGUCCUUCUCCUAGUUACUAAUUUUAUACUAGAAUGCAGUGGAAACAUUGCCACCUCUUUCCAGACAGUUCUCAGUUCUCUCUUCCAGGGAGUUCUAGUGAUGUAGCAAAAGUGUCAGUGAUUAGUGGAUUCAACCCCAUUUUUGGUAAGUUGGUGAAUAUCCUUUUUAACUCAAAGGUUAUAUCCAAACUGUUUUUAUGUGCAUGGCAGUAGUUUUGCUGAUGGGAAUUCUGCAUCCCCACUGGGGAGAGGAACUUGUUCGGCUAUCAUCCAGACACUCCCAGCUUGACACUGCCAGGGCUAACUAGCAUGGGGUGGUGACAAUUUGAAUGAUAAAAUGAGCCCAAAGGGGUGGUUGGGACUUGGAACCUUUCACAGGAAGCAUUUAGGGUGGGCAUGAUAUGAAAAUUGCCUUUUGGUGGUGUAUAAGCUGCUUUCCUCCCAGCUGAGCUUCCAGAUCAGGAGAAAGAGAGCCUGUAAAAGUUGCUAGCCAGGGAAUGAGAGGUGUCCAUCUUCCAGCACCAUCAGCCCUUCGGCCUUCAGCACACACGGUCCUUGACAAGAAAAUACACAGGGUUAUGAAAGAAGAGAAGCGCUCAUAAAGCCACAUAUUUUCUUGACUAAAGAGUAAAAGUAUUUUUUCAGGAAAAAAAAAAAAAAAAGUAAGUGAUGUAGUACCUUUGAGAAGAAAUGAUGUAUUUUGAAGCUUUUUUUAGUUAUCUUCAUGAUAAUGUGCUAUGAACAUACGCAUUAUGUUUUACUCUGUUACUGAUUUUUUGAUAUAAAAAAAUCGUAUUGCAAGCAUUAUCGUUAUUAAUCUAAAAAAAAAAUACCCUGAGGCUAUUAUAUAUUUGAAUUUUAACUUAUAAAGUAGAUAGCCAGAUUUAAGCAAUUUGUUUUCACAGCUGCAGACUGUCCACGUGGUAAGCUGCAAAAUGUAUAGUGUUCUAUACUAUGCCCAUCUAAUUUUGGAAAAUGUAUGUGAUAUGGAGCUGGGUGCUACAUUAAAAUAAAAGCGUCCAAAAACUUCAAA